AUUCGCUUCAAUUUGUCUUUAGUGGUUUACAUCAAUUUUUGUGUUUUCUGUGCUUUUAAUUCAACACGAAAAUGUCCAAAAAUAUAAAACUUUAUUCAAAUGUUAUGUCCCAGCCAUCAAGAUCUCUCCAUAUUCUCUUGAAUAUGGCAGAAAUUCCAUACGAUCCAGUAACAAUUGCCUUGAGAGAAGGUGAUCAAUUCACAGAAUCUUUCUCAGACGAGGUAAAUAAACUCAGAACAAUUCCUUGCAUUAAUGAUGAAGGCUUCAAAGUGGCAGGAAGUGUUACAAUUGUGAGAUAUUUAGCAGAGAAAACUGAUGAAAUUACGCAAUGGUAUCCGGUGGAUGCUCAAAAGCGAGCACGCGUUGAUGAAUAUCUGGAAUGGCAUCAUCUGAAUACGCGAACACCCCUCUCUGGAUACUUUGUGGCAAGCUGGCUUAUACCACGAAAGACAAGGAAGCCACCAAAUGCAAAAAAGAUGGAAAAACUUCGCAAUGAAGUUAAUAAAUCUCUGGACUUGUUGGAAAAUUUAUGGCUCCGCAGUGGGGAUUUCUUAAUUGAUAACCAAUUGACCAUUGCAGAUAUUUGGGCUGUAUGCGAGAUUGAGCAACUCUCACUAACACCGUUGGAUGUUAUGAAAGAACGUCCCAAACUCAAAGCUUGGAUGGAGAGAGUGAGAAAUGCAACAAAUCCCUUCUACGACAAUGCUCACAAGACUUUAUGGAGUUUUAGUCAUAGAAAUGAGCAAAAAUCCCAUUUGUAAAAUUCAUGAAGGUGCAAUAAAAUUAUUUUGAACAGGU